AUGGCGACUGGCCUGUUGGACUUGGAAAAUGAAUUGUCGUGUUCCAUCUGUACCGAUAUCCUCUAUCAUCCGCUCACUCUGCUUGACUGCCUACACACUUUCUGUGGAGCAUGUUUAAAAGAGUGGUUCGCCUUGCAGCGCUCUCAAAGUCCUGUAGCCUCAAACCCGUUUACCUGCCCAUCAUGUCGAGCACCAAUACGAGGUACCAAGCACAAUGCCACGGUCAAUACUCUCCUGGAGAUGUACUCCCAGGCAAAUCCAGAGAAAGGAAAGACGCCGCGUGAGAAGGAAGAUCUAGACAAAAUUUAUAAGCCUGGCGAUGAAGUACUCCCAAAACCAAGGAGGAGAAGAGAUGAAGGAGAGGAUGAGGACAGGCGACUUUUGGAGGAGGUAAGGGGAUUAAGUCUGAGAGAAGUAGGCGUCUCUUCGAAUAGCGUACAAGACCCCCGAUCUAGUGAUAGGCGCAGAAGAGAGCGAAGCAGGGACACUAGAGACAGAGAAGGUCGUUCACGCAGACCACACGACGUCGGUAGGAUUGGUCAUGAGAGUCUGUCGAGGGAUGCAAACACACCUGUACGGCAAGUAGAGCACCAAUCAAGCCUCCGUUCGCUUCUCUCAGUGUCUGAGAUCGAUUCGAGAGAGAUCGAGGAAGAGAUUAUGCGUCAAAUAGUUGAAGAGGGCCUGCUUGAUGGUAUCGAUCUGUCAAACAUUGACGUUUCGCAAGAGGAUGAAAUUAGUGAGAGAAUCGCGCAAGCCUACAGAAGGAGGCUAGAGGACAGACGGCGAGAACGACAUCGCCAGCGGACUGUGACAGAGAGCCAAGCCAGGAGCUCAGAAAUUGCGACCUCUUCUAGGACCGAAGAAGACCAAGUGACAAACAGAAGACAACGUGAUCGAACGGAGCUGCCAGGGGGAGCUUCUCGCACGGGGCCACCAGUAUCAAGGCCACAUCUUUUCGAGGCUGCAAAUCAGCCCUCUGGACACCGUCGUCACCGACGGUCGUCAAGCCAAGAUAGCAGUGUUAGGCCCUCGUCAAGACAGCGGUCGACGAUGGGGCUACCUGCAAGCAAUAACAAUGCCGCCGCUCGUUCUGCCACUGACCUAUCUGAGCGACCAUCGUCGUCGCGAGCGACUAAUGGACAGAGACCCAGAAGACUAUCACACAAUGACAGGAGCGCGACCGAACCAGACCGCCAGGCUAUUAGAGAUCAGUGGAGAAACAUAGGAGCAAUCAGCGCUGUCGCCUCUAAUCCCACGUCUACUCCAGCCUCACCUCAGAGAGCCGCGCUUCCAGUACCGUUGAGCCCGCAGGUGCAAAGUCCAUCUAUUGAAAGAACCAAUGUGACUCCACCAACAUCGAGACGUAACACAGACAUAAUGUCGACACGAGCUUCCAGGCCUGCAGAAAUUAGGCCGAGUCCACGUGUUGGAACAGAGCCGGAUCCACUUCCGUCUCCCAGAAUAGGGGCGAGCGUCACUGUUCCGCCACGUUCUACUAAUUCUUCCCCUCAGACAUGUCCCACGAUGUAUGCAGAACCGAACAUUACUUGCAACCGGUGCGGCAAAGGCCAUAUAGAGUACGAACUACACUAUAGUUGUCAGCUAUGUGGAGGCGGCCAUUACAACCUUUGUCUUCGCUGUUACAGAUUAGGCCGAGGCUGUCUUCAUUGGUACGGCUUCGGAUACAUUGCGAAGCAUCGAUACGAGCGACAGGCACCUCCAGCGGGCUACCCUCCAGGUCAUGAGCAGCCGCAUGUAUUGAUAGGCCAUCGGUACAAGCGGCUUGGUUCUGAGGCCACCCGAGUGUCGACUUCGGGCGACACGCGGCAGAUCAUGACGAACGAAGACCCAGCGAAACGCCUGGAAGCAGGAGUCUUCUGCAGUAUAUGCCAAGCAUUCGCCAACACAUGUUAUUGGAAAUGUGAUAUCUGCAACGAGGGCGAAUGGGGCUUCUGCAACGCCUGCGUCAAUCAAAGCAAUCACUGUACUCAUCCUCUCCUCCCUCUCACCCAUAAAUCCACAACAACUUCAAGAGCUCCUCCUAACGACCUAUCUCCAACAUCUCCAACAUCUCCAACACGCCCCUUAUCCCCCAAAAUUAUCCCCAAAUCCGCCUCCAUUGUUCGUGGCCCCGCCACAGCCCUGUUCCCCCUCGCGAACACCCUUUUCCACCCUCUCACCUUCACCACAAAGUGCAACAUCUGCUCCUACCCAAUCCCGCCCUCCCACACCCGCUACCAUUGCUCACGCUGCAAUGGCGGUAAUUUCGACAUCUGCACUUCUUGCUAUCAUGCCCUCGUCAGCUCCUCCAACAUCGCACCCGAGAACGGCCACCAGGGUUGGCGCCGCUGCCCAUCUGGUCACCGCAUGGUGAUAAUCGGCUUCGAAGACCGUAAUGGUGGACAGCGGCGAAUCGUCGAGAAAGACCUGGUCGGCGGGCUAGCGCUGAAGGAUGAGGAUGGCGAUGACAGUCAGGCGGUACGCACGAGUGGGAGAAACGCGAAUGUGAGCGUGACGCCGAAUUGGAGCUGGCGAGACACGGAUGGGAGUGUGAAGAAGAGUCGCACGGCGCAUGCGGAUAUAAACGUGCCCGGGACCGGCGUUGCCGGAAUGAGGUUUCCGCCGGAUGGGGGCAUGGGCUUGAGAGUGCUUGCCCUGUGGGGUUAUUAUCCGCAGGAGGGGGUGAAGGAUGAGCUGAUGUUUCCAAAGAAUGCGGAGAUCAGGGAGGCGGAGGACAUUAACACAGAUUGGUUCUGGGGUGUGUAUGCGGGCAAGACUGGGUUGUUUCCGGGCGGGUAUGGGAGGAUAUUGUAGAUGAUCUAUAAGAAUAUCGCCCUUAAGAGGCUGUCAUAUGAACAUACGGCCUUUUCGAGUCGAGAAGGCAAUCUUCGAG